UUAUUAUACCAGAUUAAUUAAUAAGAAAUAUUAAAAUAGUAAAUGAGAUUCAAUCUAUUUAUAACACUUGUUAUUGCAGGAUUAGCAAUAACUCAAGCUUAAAAUAUGAGAGGUUUUUAUGAAAAUCAAACAGCAACUUAAGACGCAACUUUCAAUACUACCCACGUUAAUCUGAAUGACUUCAUUGGCAAUUCAACAAAGGGCGCCUUCAAUAACACAUUAAACUAGACAGCCUAUACAAAUAGCACAACCAUUUCAUUUAAUUUCACUGAGACUAGAAAUUCAACAAACAAACAAAAUAGUACCUCUGGUUUUAAUUACUACUCUAAUCAAACAUAAAAUUAUACCAAUUAUAAUUACACAUAACCUACAAAUAGUAGUUUUGGUUAUGUUAACACUUCGUCCUCAUCAUACAAUUAUACAACUGGUUGGAAUUAUCCUAAUACUACUAAUUCUAGCUCUUAAUACUACAAUAGUUCCUCUCAUUACAAUAAUUCCUCUUAUUACAAUAGAACCUAAUAAGGAAAAGUCAAUAACUCACUAUCAUAAUAACCCUAAUAGUAUGGAAAUUAUACUUACAAACCCUAUAAUAAUAGAACAAAUUACACCUCAUCAAGUUAUUCCAAUAGUACCACUGAAAAUGACUAUGGAAAUACAGGACCUCACUAUACAGAGUAUUCUUCUACUCAUACUGUUGAAUAUCAUUAUGAUUUCAAUGAUUAAUUUAUGGGAUAUUAUUUAAUUGGAGGAAUAUUUAAAUUAAUAAUUGCUGUUGCAUUCUUUUAUGUGAUCACAAAGUGGUGGAAAAACAGAUAAGAAAGAUUGAACUACUUGCGUUAAUCUCAAAUUCCUUUAACCCACCAACAAAUUCCUUAAAACUAUUACCAAGUUUAAAACCCCUAAUUUUAACAUCAUCAAAUACCAUAUUAACACUAAUAAUGGUAAGCACAUUAAUAAGCUUACUUGAAUUAAAGUAAUAAUAUGGUUGCCUAAGCCUAACCUUAAUUCAUAAAUAAUCCUCUCCCAUAAAUCCAACAAGUUCAACCUAUAUAAGUAAAUCAGUAUUCCUCAUUAGAAAUCUAAUAAGGAUAAAGAUAAGCUUAUCCUUCUCUUAGGCCUUAAAACUGA